AUGGCCAUCAAGUAUCCCAACGUCGUCACGAACGUCCUCCCCAAACUCCCUGGCUCGCUUCCCUCAGGAAAUGUCCCAAGAGACGUCAACCCUCUCGCGGUGGCGACAGCAUGUGUGAAGUUCCUGGACAGGCUCCGGGCCGAGCACUUGACGCCAGAUGCGCUGUGGCGCGACAUGCUCGCCCUCACAGGCAGUUUGAGAACCAUCUUCUCUGCGCAGGCAAUUGAGGCCGCUUGGGCAGACACGACCACAGCAUUGAAAGCAGGCAACUUUGCUCUGGUCGAAGACUCGGCGCGGGUGGUCCAGCUCGAUCCCGAGACGUCUUGGGUUGAGGCACGCUUCACCUUCGACACCCACGGCGAACCGGCAACGUCGUGCUCAGGCUUUAUAUCCCUGGUGCACGAUGCGGAGUCUGGCUGGAGGAUCUGGGUUCUGCGAACGAUCAUCGAGCAAUUGAGCGGGCAUGGAGACGUCGAUAAGGCGCCCACGCCUCAGAGCAGCCAUCAACCCUCACCACCAGAACACAACGACUACGACUUCGACUGCCUCAUUGUCGGCGGCGGCCAAUCCGGACUCUCUACGGCCGGUCGGCUGCAGGCUCUAGGCGUGAAAUACCUUGUCGUCGAAAAGCACCGGAGCGUGGGAGACAGCUGGAUGACCCGGUACGAUGCGGUGAAGCUACACAACACGAAGCACUAUCUCCACCUCCCGUUCGAACGGACCUUCGACGAGACAUACCCGUUAUACCUGACCAAGUUCGACCUCGCGAGAGGAUACCAGCAAUGGGCAUCCAAAUACGGCAUUAACAUCUGGCUCUCGACGAAGAUGCACUCCGGCUCAUGGGACGCCGCACAGAACAGGUGGAAAAUCAAGCUGCUGCGAAACGGCGGCGGCGAAGAGGUCGAGGUCACGGCGAGCCACAUUAUCUUCGCGGUGGGCGCGGGGGGUCAAGUGCCGUCCAUGCCGCGCUACCCAGGUAUAGAAAAUUACAAAGGCCAUGUGAUCCACUCGUCCGAGUAUACAUCGGCUGCAGCUUGGACAGGCAAAAGAGGGAUCGUCGUGGGGACGGCGAACACAGCCCAUGAUAUGGCCGAAGACAUGCUCGCUCACGGUCUGUCCGUGACGAUGAUCCAACGCAGUCGAACUUUCGUAUUCCCUGCCGAGUACUUCAAAUUCAUCCAAGACAGGCUCUACAACGAGACGUUCGACAUCGACCUAGCAGACCGGAUACAGUUCUCCAACCCCCUGUCGGUGGCGCGCCAGAUCGCCCAAAGGACGCUGCACCCCCUGGCGGCGGCCGAGCCCGAACGCUUCGACGCGCUGGAACGCGCAGGAUUCAAGGUCGAGCGCUUUGGCGACAUGCACCACCACCUCAACGAGCGGCAGGGAGGUCACUACGUCGACGUGGGCGCGUCGGCCAAGAUUGCCAAGGGUCUGAUCAAGAUCAAAUCCGACGCCCUCCCAGUCUGUUACACGCAGGAUGGCCUAAAGUUCAGCGACGGGAGCGAAUUGCACGCCGACGUGAUCGUCUACGCGACCGGCUUCGUGGGCAACAUCCGACAGACCGUGUACGAGACGCUGGGCGCCGAGGUGGCCGACCAGGUCGAGGACUUCUGGGGCCUGAACCACGAAGGGGAGCUGUUGGGGGCGUUCAAGCCGUCGGGACAUCCGAGACUGUGGUACAUCGGCGGCGGGUGUGGUCACUCGCGACACUACUCACGCUUCGUCGCGCUGCAGGUCAAGGCUGCCGUCCUGGGCACGCCGUUGCCUAUCUACAAGGACAGCAUCUCGUGCUGA